GUUACGCAACCCGGAGCUGAACUGUGACCAGAAGCUCUGAGCUUGAACUAAGCUGUCUGUUCUGAAUUUUAGCAGAGUGCAUUAUAAACUCGUCAUUGAAGACAAAGAAGAGGGACUUCUCUGUGAAAUGUGCAGGACGUAUUCGACGUGUCUUUGAGCAAGCAGCACAGCGUAACCCCCCUCAAAAAAUAAAAGCGAUAACGUUAUCACAGACACAACAAUGCACUUGUCCUUUGUUUGCCUCGCCAAGCCUGUUCUUCAUGGAUAUUUCAGAAGCUCCUGCUCCUGGAGAGUCCGCAUUGCCUUUGCUCUCAAAGGUAUUGAAUAUGACCAGGUUCCAGUCAAUCUAAUCAAAGAUGGAGGUCAGCAGCUUACACAAGAGUACAAGACAUUAAACCCCAUGCAACAAGUGCCUGCAGUUGAAAUAGAUGGAAUCACCCUCUCUCAGUCACUGGCAGUGAUCCAGUACAUCGAUGAGACCAGGCCAGGCCCUCGGCUUCUUCCAGCAGACCCACAGAAACGUGCCCAGGUUCGGAUGAUAAGUGAUCUCAUUGCCUCCGGGAUACAGCCACUGCAGAAUCUGUACGUGAUUCAGAAAAUAGGAGCAGAAAAGAUGCAUUGGGCUCAGCACUUUAUUGAUCGGGGCUUUCAAGCUCUUGAGCCCAUUCUGAAGCAAACAGCAGGGAAAUAUUGUGUAGGUGAUGAGAUAUCCAUGGCAGACAUCUGUCUGGUCCCACAAGUCUACAAUGCAGAGCGAUUCAAAGUGGACGUCGGGCAGUAUCCAACUAUCAAAAGGUUAAAUGAAGCCUUAGUUGAGAUUGAAGCUUUCAAAGAGAGCCACCCGUCCAGGCAACCAGACACACCUGUGGAUCUGCGUGCAUAGAACGCCACCUGAGCAGCUUUAGAGACAGCCAUGCAACUUUGUAUAUUGUUAAAUAAAAUGCAGUGAAUAUAA